CCCAAAAUGAAGGCCCAAACAAUUGCGAGUGCUGUGCUGCUGGUGUUCCUGGUGGCUAAUGUGGCGGCCAAUAAGGUGACCACAUGCCACAGCUGUGAGGGAUCCAACUGCCAGCGGGUUAGUUUGACUAAGACGCAAUCCUGUGUGGAUUCCUUGGACUAUUGUGUGACCAUCUACGAUGAGGCCAAGGUUCUGUUCAAGGGUUGCUCGCUGGAAAUACCCUAUGCCCUGCGUUCGAAAUGCAACGAUAAUCGUUCUUGUUACAAAUGCAAUACGGAUAAAUGCAAUAAUGUAGGAUCGGCCAAGUAUGCCUGCAUUCAGUGCGAUUCCAGCAAGGACUCCAAUUGCGCCUCAAAUGCUGACACCUUGGAGGCUACCCGUUGUGCUGCCCCCACAGCUCCCAAUUCCUAUUGCUAUGUCAAGUCCUCAGGAGGAUCCAUUGUGAGGGGAUGUUCCACCACCGAAACCGAUCAGCAAACCUGCCUCAAUGAUGCCAACUGCCUUUUGUGCUCCUCUGGAGAUAUUAGGAACUGCAAUGCGGUCAACAUUGAGGAGAGCUCCAGCGCUGGAAAUCGUUUCAUUCGUUUUCUGAGAUAAUUUUAAUGUUAAUUCAAAAAUAUAUAUAUG